UUGAACUGAACAGAACUCAGAAGAAUGAAUGAACUCCAUGUCAAAUGAUUAGCUCUGCAGUAUAUAAAUGUAUAAAUGUAGGGAUAAAUAUGACCUUGUAAAUAUUGCUGCUUACUGCUGAAUGUUCUCAAAAAAGUAUAAAAUUGAAAGUAAAAUAUAUUUAUAUUUUACUCCUCACCAUCAGAGACAGGUUUAUAAAGAGCUGCCACCCAGACUGUUAAACCGUGAAUGGUGUUAAGAGAACCUCCUCUCAGUGGUGACUGCAGCUCUGCUCUCUUCUACGAAAUAUUUAUAAUUUAGCCGUAAAUUGAGAAAUAGUGUGUCAUCGAGCAGGCUUCAGAUUAACUUCACACGCUGACAGUUCAUGGGUAAAAUAUGGUGCCUGUUAGAAAAACAAACCCUCAGAGAACCCCCCCACCACCACCACCUCUCCCUCUGUCAAAGCAGCGGUCCAGGAGGAAAAGACAGAAAGAGAGGACUGAGGACAGGACAAUCCAUGGCUGUUAUUUUAAUCUGUCCUGCCUGGAAGAUUAGCCCGGCACAUUGUUUUAAUUGUUUUACAGGGAGGGAGUGAAACGCUUGCUUAUAGGGGGAUCCUUGGCAUAAAUCUCUCAAGUUCAAUAGUUUCAAAAACUUGAGCCCAUUGCAGCCCCCCACUCUUCCCUCAUCCCACCUAAUCCCAGCUAAUACCUUCCUUUCUAUUGGCUAAUGGCAGAAGGAGCCUGGCUAAAUGCUUCUUAAAUAGUGGAGGGUGAGAAUGCCUUUCUGGAACGGGAUCUGUGUCACCACAAAGAGAACUUCUACUGCUGCUGCUGCUGCUGCUGCUGCUGCUGCUGCUGCUGCCGUGUGUGGAUUUAAGGCCAGAACCGGGACUAGAGGAAAUACUGGACCAGAACCACAGGCCUGAGCAUUCAGAAAACCAUUCAGGUAACCCAACCGAGGACUGAGGAUCUGCUGAUCAGCUGAUAAUGAUCUGGGUAAUUAACCCAGGGACUUCUCUGAACUCUGAAGAUAAAACGAGUUAAAAUUAAGUUCAAAAAUGCUGCUUCUUAUCAUUUAUAACAGAAGCCAAAUAAUUCACAAAGGUGUAGAUAUAGACCACAAAAGACCGGUUUGGACCGAUCGAAGGAUGGUUCAUGGGAAUUUAUUCUGGAUUAAUUUUGCUGAUGGUGCAGACAAGGAAUUAGGGCCACGUGGAAAAUCUCUUUCAGAUGAAGUUGGAUUUCUGUGAUUUGACCUUUUUGUCAGAAAUCUGUGAUUUUAAAUUCUACAGUCAAAAUUAAGAGGUUGAUUUUAAACUCCUUCACACAUAACGACUGGUGUUUUCUAAGACAGUUCUGAAAUAACUCAGAAAUCUGACUCCAGCCUCUGCUAAGAUUUCUGAAAUUCAUCUUCAAAUUUUGUGGACAAAAAAUUGGAAAAUAUUUUGGUAAUUUCAUCAUUUGAUCAGUGAGAAAAACAACAUGAGUCCCAUUAAAAUACUGAAAAGUAUUCCGUCUUAACUACAAUCACAGAUUGACAGUGAACUGGUUAGAUUCUUGAAUAUAAUCCAAAAUAAUUUAAUCUUACAAUUCUUGAACCCAAAUUAACAAUACAUGCUUAAUUUUUAUUGUAAUCAUAACAUUGUGGGAAACCAAACUCAUUAUUUCAGAAAAAAAAUACAAUUUCCGAGAAAAAAAAUAAUGUUCAGAUUUAGACACGACAUCGUUUUCUAAAUUGUCUUCUAGGUCUCGUUAGACAAAGAGUAAAAUCCUAAUUGUUUCGUCUCAUGUUUUCUUUCUUCAGCAUGAACUCCUUGAAUUUCUGCGGACCAUCUCGAGCUGCAGUUCAUCCUCUUCACGUUGUGAACUCCAUGCUGUUUGACAUUCACCAGCAGGUGGCAGAACAGUACCAGGCGUACUCUGCUGCUGCAGGCCCCACGGUGCACCCACUCACUGUGGCUGAGAGACUGGCAGAGCUGAUUCUGGAGGCUCAUUAUGGAAAUCAGCAGAAGCAGCGUCGCAGCCGCACGGCGUUCUCCGUGUCCCAGUUACAAGCUCUGGAGAAAGCCUUUCAACAGACACAGUACCCAGACGUUGGCAUGAGAGAGAGGCUGGCUGUCUGCAUCAACCUGCCUGAGGCUCGCAUCCAGGUGUGGUUCAAGAACAGAAGAGCAAAGUUUCGUAAAGAUCAGAAGUGCUCCUCACCCUCCAGUCUGGAGGACAUGCCACAUUGCAGUAAGGUGGGACAGGAAGACGCCACGGCUGAGGACAAACAGGACACGACAACAGCAUGCAUUGACAGCAAUAUUUUUCCUCCACUUCCUCCUCGUCCUCCACAUGUCAGGGACGUAUGUCCUCCUCCACUCACGCUCUCAGAUGCUGAUAUCUCACGGUGCACUCUCCGCCUCCACUCCACUCCACUCCUUCCUGUCAUGAGAGGGGAGUGCCACGGCCACGCUCCUCACCAGCCUGUUUUGGGAGUGCUGUCCUCUGACCUCCCCCUCCCCCCACUGUACUGGCCUAUUAUACAGCAGCAGCACAGCUCCACCCUGAGGGCUCCUCCAUCAUCAGGCAGCAAACACUGUAGCCUGUCGCUCCAGACUGCCUUCUCCAGUAAAACUGUGUGAACCCCCCGCUGUCCAUAGCCCCUCCCUGCUGUAACUGAUUUUUACAAUGUGUCACAAAUAGACACAAGUUUUUGUCUCUUUAUUAACAAAGCCUAAAAAAAACAAGUGUAAUACAGUGCAGAAAAGCACAGGAACUGAAGAGAAAAAUAACUUUUAUUUAGCAGAUUACAUAGUAUUCUUUAGUUUCUUCCCAUUAAAAACAACAUUUCUCAUAUGGUCCAGUUUUUUUUUUAACUGAA